AUGGCUGACGCAUUAAAAUCAGAGGGCAACAAGGCCUUCUCUACCAAAGACUACGCUACUGCUAUUGAUAAAUUUACCCAAGCUAUUGCCAUCGAACCUCAGAACCACGUCCUCUAUUCCAACCGAUCGGCUGUCUAUGCCGCGACUUCAGAGUACCAGAAAGCUCUCGAAGAUGCCAAUAAAGCGACUGAAAUCAAGCCCGACUGGGCGAAAGGAUGGAGCCGAAAGGGAGCUGCUGCACGUGGUCUAGGCGAUCUUCUUUUGGCCCACGAUGCAUACGAGGAGGCGACGAAAUUGGAACCUUCCAACGAUCAAUUCAAGGCUAGCUUCAAUUCAGUGAAGCGGGCCAUUGAUGCUGAAGCACAAGCAGAUGGCUUCCAAGGAGACACUGGCGGUCUUGGUGGCAUGUUCAGCGACCCUAACCUCAUUCAGAAAUUGGCCAACAACCCUAAGACGGCAUCUUUGCUCGCCGAUCACGAGUUCAUGACCAAGUUACAGAAACUUAAGGACAAUCCCAACAGUAUCGGCACAGAGCUGGGUGAUCCCCGAUUCCUUCAAGUCAUGAGUGUCUUGCUCGGUAUCGACAUGCAAUUCGGUGCUCCACCUGAAGCCGCUGGCGGACCGUCCGGAGCUACCGAGGCCGAGGAAGAUGUUCCCAUGCCAGACGUUCGACCGACACCAGCAGAGCCUAAAAAAGCACCUGAGCCCGAGCCUGAGCCAGAGGAUGAAGACUCUCUGGCCAAGAAGAAGGCUCAAGAAGCUGGUGACGCAGAGAAGAAGAUCGGAAACGACUAUUACAAGAAGAAGCAAUUCGCCGAAGCUAUUGAACAUUAUCAAAAAGCUUGGGAACUCAACAAGGAUGUUACCUAUUUGAACAACAUCGGUGCCGCCAAAUUUGAGAGUGGUGAUUACCAGGGAGCCAUUGAGGUUUGCCAAGAAGCCGUUCAGGAGGGCCGUGAACUCCGAGCUGAUUUCAAGAUCAUUGCCAAGUCGUUUGCCCGUAUUGGUAGCGCAUAUGAAAAACUCGGCGACAUGGCUCAAGCAAUUGAGUACUACAACAGAUCUCUUACCGAGCACCGCACUGCCGACGUCCUCACUAAACUCCGUGCCGCCGAGAAGGCCAAGAUCAAGGCCGAAAAGGAUGCUUACAUUAACCCCGAAGAAGCCGAAAAAGCACGUGAACUCGGUCAGAAAAAGUUCCAGGAGGCAGAUUGGCCAGCCGCCGUCGAUGCAUUCACCGAGAUGACCAAGCGUGCCCCUGAAGAUCCUCGUGGUUUUUCGAAUCGUGCCGCCGCUUUGAUCAAGCUCAUGGCAUUCCCUCAGGCCGUCACGGACUGCGACGAAGCUAUCAAGCGUGACCCAGGAUUCAUUCGUGCUUACAUCCGUAAAGCGCAGGCUCUCCAGGCCAUGAAGGAGUACAACAAGGCUCUUGAUACCUUGACCGAAGCAUCUGCACAUGAUACCGCGGGCAAGAACGCACGCGAAAUCGAGCAGCAACAGAACAAGAUUUUGGAAUCGCAGUACAGUGCUCGCGCCGGCGAAACUGAAGAACAGACUGCCGAGCGUAUCCAAAAAGAUCCAGAGAUUAUGUCCAUCCUCCAAGACCCCGUCAUGCAAAGCAUUCUGCAACAAGCAAAGAGUGAUCCCGCCGCUUUGCAGGAACACAUGAAGAACGCUCAAGUCCGAACCCAGAUUCAGAAAUUAGUCGCUGCUGGCGUUAUUCGUCUGGGACGGUAG